GGGUUAUUUCUAUUUGCCGAUUAUAUGAUAGUCAUGACAAGUAAAGACGAAUUGUAUGAUAAUUUAUUGAAGCAUCUACAAGAAAAAUCCGAAACUAAAGUCGUUGCGGAAGGAAUCCCAGAAAAUGACGGAUUCGCCAGAUACGACAAGUUAGGCUUAGAAAUAAAAUACCAAAAAAUUUGAUAGAAUGCUAAUAGGAAUGGAGAAGACCAUCAUUGGAAACUCCCAAAAUUAGGAAUGCCAUUGCAGGGCAAGAGAGAGAGAGAGUAUUUGUGCCGGGAUAUCCGGGUCACGCAUUAGAUUUAUCUAACACAGAACUAAACUUGUCCAAAGAAAAGUCAAAUAACAGAUUUAGUCACUUGCAAAAGAUUGUGGCAUUACUAUGAUAUAUUACUCACAAGUGCACAUAUUAUGUGAACGUCCUUGCACAAAAUACGUUGGUUGCGUGCCCAGAAGGGUUUGACUUAGCGUACAAUACUUCUGGAACAACAAACAUAAAAGACUGGCAUGGAUCAGAUCAUCAAAUUACCAAGGUAUCAGGGGAUAGAUGAAAAAAAUUUGUACCUCAUGCUAUAAAUCACAUCUUGGAUAUUUCUACAAGGACAUUUCAUGCCGGCUAGAUCAUUCAGACCUACAACUAGCGGUGUGUCAUCAACAGAGGCGGAAUUAAAAAUGCUUCGUUCCGUUCAGUUCCCAAAUUUGAGAGUUUACAAGAAAUAGCAGCAGAACUGGGACUCGAAUCGCAUGCCACUAUAUUCAGCGAUAGCCAAACAUUGAUAUCAUCGAUCACAAAGACCAAUGUUUCCAAGUUCAGGAAUACGUUCUUUGGCAAUAAGGUAUUUGGCCUUAGACAAGAA